UGAGGGCAAAGAGGCGACGGAGCUGUCAAACACCAACAACCGUCUGAGAAAUUAUUCCGGGCGGUACAAAAUAUCGCACUUUGCUCUUUUGGAGAAACAAGCACGACAGAAACAGACUUCGAGUUCACAUUGAGAAGUCAGCCUUCUGACUUUUAAACCGUCACGACAAAAAAAAACUUGCUGUUUUGUGUGCGUGUUGUUGGGUCUUAGCUCUUUGCUUGGCUCGAGUUUUGUUGACAAACUAGCCAGUCAGCUAGUCACUGAGCUAGCUGCGUUACCAACUUUGCUGUUUUCGCAGAGUUCGCUUGUCGUUUUCGAUAAAUGCUAAGUUACCCGGAAAAGGCAUGGAGCCCAGCUUCAACUGUUCUUGCAGACAUCUCUGUGAAAUAAAAACAGGUCUCCAAGGGCUCACUAUACAUCUGUCAAACAUGUGAAAACCCUCUCAUCCGGGUGGACCUGGUUACAAGCAGUGAGGAACUGGACUUGGAUCCAGCCAGGGUGUGUCACCAGAGGUGUAAACUCAAUUUUAAACAGAAGUCUAUGUGCAUGACGUAUUUUCUCCCAGGACACAAACUGAGUAAAUUCUGUGCUGCCGUGGCCUCGGCGUCAUUAAAACAAUCUAGUCCUCUUGUCAUGUGGGUACAUUACGGAAAAAGGCCCAUAUUACCCUCACUGGUAUCACCACCUUUCACGUCACUAUGGACCGGAAUAAACGCAACUCCAUCGCUGGGUUUCCUACACGACCUGAACGUAUCAAUGAGGACAGAGAAGGUAUCGGAGGGGUAGGGGUCGGUGAGAUGGGCAUGGGCCCGCCUUCACAGGUGGGCAGGGUGUGGCCAUCAUCCUACAGAGCCCUCAUCAGUGCCUUCUCCUGUCUUACACGCCUUGAUGACUUCACCUGUGAGUGGAUUGGCUCCGGAUUCUUCUCUGAUGUUUUUAAGGUACGUCACCGAGCUUCAGACCAAGUUAUGGCUCUGAAGAUGAACAAGCUCAGCAGCAACAGAGCUAACAUGCUGAGAGAGGUCCAACUAAUGAACCGGCUUUCUCAUCCAAACAUACUCAGGUUCAAGGGAGUGUGUGUCCAUGAGGGCCAGCUUCACGCUCUGACAGAGUACAUCAAUGGUGGAAACCUGGAGCAGCUUCUAGACAGCAACAAACACCUGAGUUGGCUCACAAGGGUGAAACUUGCCUGUGAGAUCGCCAGUGGUCUGGCCUACUUGCACUCCAAAGGCAUAUUCCACCGGGACCUCACCUCCAAGAACUGCCUGAUCAAAUGUGAUGACAACAGCUACACAGCAGUGGUGGGAGACUUUGGCCUGGCAGAAAAGAUCCCCACCAAUCUUGCUGAAGUAGAGAAGCUUUCAGUGGUUGGUUCUCCUUUCUGGAUGGCUCCAGAGGUGCUGAGAGAUGAAUCCUACAACGAGAAGGCCGAUGUAUUCUCUUAUGGUAUAAUCCUGUGUGAGAUCAUCGCAAGGGUCCAGGCUGACCCCGACUUCCUUCCCCGCACAGAGAACUUCGGCCUGGACUAUCACACGUUCCAGCACAUGGUUGGAGACUGUCCGCCUGACUUCCUUCAGCUGGCUUUCAACUGCUGCAAUAUGGACCCGAAACUCCGUCCGUCCUUCCCAGACAUCGUCAGGCACCUCGAGGAGAUUCUUGCACGCCUUAAAGUCGAGGAGAUGCACGAGUGUGUCCCACUCAGUGGGGACAACGACAAGAAGACCAUACCCAAAGGUGAGAAGAUCCAGGGCUUUAAGCGACUGAACCCUCUCGGUUUCCAGGAUGAUAAAAUCCCUCCAAAAUCACCCCGCCCCCGGCGAAACAUCUGCCUCAGCCGCAGCCAAUCAGACAUCUUCUCCUGCAAACCAGGAAGAAAAGUCAAUGUCCAGGACCCUUAUUAUAACCCCCCCACCGCUCAGCGAGCCUCUAAGGCCCACAAGAUCAACCCGUUCACCGCCCGAGAGGACCUGUGUGGGGGCAAGAUCAAGUUCUACGAUGUGCCCAGCAAGUCUGUCUUCUCGCUGGUGUUUGACCUCCACUCACCCCCCGGGAGUGUAUUCAGUAACCCGCCAUCUGCUCAUGUACCUGGAGGACCCCAACAGGGGGCGUCUUACUACUGGCAGCAGCUUCCAGGAAGGCAGUGUCACUCCUUACCAGUUUCCCCCCAGCUGCCCCGCUCCGAGGUCUUCUACCUCGCAGGUGCUAUCGGCUCCAAUAACAACGGUUCUGUUACGUGCAACUCCAGCCAGCUCUCCACAACGCUGCCAGCAACUAACUGCAGGUAUGACGCAGGCCUGAUGGGAAAUGACACCCGACAGAAGGCAGCGCUGAGUGUCUGGGCGAAGAAAUACGUUGUGGUUGAGAUCCCACCUUACUGCCGGCAGAGAGGAGGGGAGGAGGACGGGGAGGCAGAGGAGAGGAAGGAGGGAAAUGAGGAGGAUGAGUUUGGUGAGAGCUGGUCUCCGAUGGUCCCCAGCGGUGAGAGCGAGAGGGACAGUGGGGAGGCGAUGGACUGCUCCAGCAGCCUAGAGGAAGAGGAGGCACGACAGAGAGGGACAGACACCUGUCCCAUGUAACACACAUGAAAUCCACACACACACCAACACAUACAGAAGAGGUGGUGGAUUUGGACAUGAGAGAGGGACUAUUACUCCUGGAUGGAGGACAUGCAGGCAGUGGGAACUAGUUUUUAAAAGUAGACUGAUGAACUGGACACAUUUCAGAGAUUUUGGAAAAAUAAAAUGUGGAAAAAAAGAAAAAACACUUGAUUUCUAUUUUUCAAGUGAACAAAAAAAGGUUUUAUCAACAAAAUGGACACUCAAAAUAGAAAUUAUUUUCUUGAGACGGUUGUUUAUAUUUAAUAUUGUGAGAUGAUGUAGUUUGUUUUCCUUUAAAGGUUUCUUAUAUUAGGCGUCUUGUCUGACGAGGGGUAUUGAAGAUCCCUUGUGAUGUGUAUGUGAGUGUUUAAAAAUCAAAUGUUGUGUUUUGUGUUCUAGACAAAUGUUUAUACUACAUUAAAAAAAUCCCAUAUUUUUCUGAUUAACGUGACGCUGAUAUCCAGAUGAGAAAAAAGGUGAUUUUAUAAUAAUUGAGUGCCUGACAAACAACACUCAUGAGACAGAUAUUAAACCAUCCUAGCAACCCCCAACUAGAUUGCAGUGGUGAAAUAUUCACAGGGAACUUAACAGAAGUGAAUUUAGAGAUGACAAAGUUUAGAUUUCUUUAUAUUAGAUUUCAUCUAAAAACCUUAGAGGUCAGACUGUAUUUGUCCCAAAAGGUCAGCACUGUCAAUGACUCCAUGACAUGUUGCUUUGCCUUAUGAGCUCUUAAAGGACCAUACCGCCAAUUCUAGCCCACUAAUGAAAAAUACAGCAGUUUGCUUUGAUGACAUAGUGGUGGGUUUUUUUGCCACUGUACUUCAGCCAAACUAAUACCAUUCAAUAGUCAAAGCAGAGCGUUCACAAGCGAAGUUAUUGAGACAUCAAAUCCAGAACACAAACUGUGGGCAAACAUAGAUGUUGUAAAAAGAACCUUGUAAAGUUUUUGCAUUUAAAAUCCCAGAUGUCAGAGUUUGUACCCUCUUGCAACUCUGUUAACACACAAUGACGAUGAAAUUGUCAAAAAAUGAUAUUAAAUUAUAUUAAAUACAUCUCUCUAUGAUGAGUUAGCACUCUAAAACAAGUUUGAAUUGAGACUGUGUAACUUUUGAAAGACAAAAUAACACCAUCUUCCGCUAACAAAUUAAAAGUUGAAUUUAUAAAUAAUAAAAUUUUACUCGCGUCAGUAACAUUUACACUCAGGGAAUUAUCCUUCCGAGGUUUGGUGUGACCAGUAGCGUAUGGUGGCCUAAUGAUAGCAAACUUUGUAAUGUUAGCUCUAUCAGCAGGAGAGCUGUGAGUAUCGCUGUCUGGAGCUGGUGUGCUGCUCUGGGACCUUCUCGUCCUCUCUGCAUGUUCGCUUCGCAACAGCAGCUGUAGCGACAUCUUAUUUAACAUUAGUUGCAUUACUUGCUGUGUCGUCGUUCGCUCUAAAUUGUGGGUUUUGUCAUGGUGUUGGAUUUCUCCAAAAUCGCUUACCUCACCUUUAAGUGCAACACAAACCGUUUGUCUCACCCAGCAGAGUCGUGCUGUUGUUGCUACGUACGGCUACUGUUGCCGCUCUUCUGCAAAAGUUGCAUAGUCCAGCUCUAAAGUCAAAACUUUAAUAAUGUAGAUUUUAAUUUCAUUUUUAAUUUAGAAAGUAACGGCUCCCUGAAGAUGGGAAAUCAAUCUUAUGUCAGACUUAAAAAAGCCAAAGUUAUUAUUAACAAACUAUAUAAAAAAGAUAAUUCACUGUGACAACAUGCUGCAAAUAUGUCCUGUAACAGUGUUACAUAACAACCACUGAUGCUGAUACUGCUUACAGAUGUGCAGUCUUCCAAAAAGUUGCUAUAAGUUUGAUGCUGGUCCUGACAUGAGAAGAGGCUUUCCUGGUGUGACCCUGCAGUGUAUUCAGCCUGCUACCCUCAGUUUGUACUGCCCCAUGCAUAAGGAAGUCAAAACUGAAUGUGGUUAAAUGAAUGAAUUUUUUUUGAGCAAUAUUUAAAGUAAACUCCCACAAAAGAAACCAUUCGAUUUAAUUCCAUCUAGCAGAAACCGGUGAAUUUACCUAAAAACUCGAAAGAGGCUUCAGUUAAUGGAAUCAUUUUACUUAACAGGAGCACAUUACUCAGUCUCACAGCGUACAGCUUUGGGUUGGAUGAAAAGCCUUUUGUUUUGAGGGAAACAACACAACCUGGUCUUUCACGCCUUUCCAUUUAGAUGAGUGGAAAACUCUGUUGUGAGGGAAACUUUCAAACCAGACCAGAGAGGUGGGCUGAGCAGUGUUUGAAAAAACAUAGAAAGAUAGAGAAAUGUUUGUUCUUCCACAAAUUAUUAGUACUAGAUAUGAGUAACUUUGGUGUAAAUUGUUCAUUAAUUUUUUCCCCUUGACAAGAUUAUACAACCUCAGUGGCAAGAUUUUCAAUAAAUCAGUGUGUAUUUUAUUUAAUUUUGGGCAUGUUUCCUGUAAACUGAAGCUAAAUGUCUCACAGCAAGAGCUCUCAAACACUCCCCUGUGGCUGUGGUUGCUGCUAACAUACGGUUCAAUUAUUAAAUAGGUGGUUUUCAUGACAUUUUCAACUUUGAUCAACACACUCCAGUGGAUAUCUGAAAUAAGACUUUCUGCUUGAUGUUCAGUGGUUCCACUGUACUGCGCAUCAUAGACGUGGAAGAGGUGAAAUUUGUGAGCGUGUCGCAGAUUGGGGUAAAAUCACUUUCUCGGUGGUAAUGUUUAACAGCAAAACCGUUUUCAGUGUUCAUCUGAAUGUUUUUCAGUGUACAAACUAAAUGACUGUUCUGAAAUGAGAUUUAUUUUUGUUGAACGUGAGUCAUGUUUGCCUCUGUUCCAGCACUCUCUUAGGAUGCUAAAUUCUGCUGAUCAGUCUGAUGACUUCAACAGGAACUAAAAUGUACUUGUACAGUGAUUGUAUACGGUGAUCUCCUCUGAACCUACGUAUCACUAUUUCUCUAUGCAACCAAUGUAACUUUUAUGACACUGUUUUACAGUAUAAAGGAUCUAAUUUGAUAUUUAUGAGAACACAUUUUUAAUGUCUUACCUUUGUAUAUUUGUGUAAAAAGUUUGUUACCUGCUUUGAUGAGUAGAGAUUGAGAUGUUUUUUGCUGAUCGAAUAACAACAAGCUUCCCAGAGUU